CUUUUAAUACAGGCACCUCCCUUAUGAAGAACCUUGCAGACAAAUGCAUUUCAACUUUGUGAGAACAUUUUGUUAUUUUUUUCAUGGACGAUCCAUUCUUCACAAUUAGGUCUUGGUAGGCUUUCAAUACCUUGGAGACAUAGUUAUACUUAUGUUCAUAGUGGACCCUGAAUUCAUUAUAUACUUAAAAAGUCCUGUUUCCUUGUCUUCAAUUUUCUCUUCUAUCACACCACUUGUACUUAUGGCACUCUUGUUCUUGUUUAUAAAUUUAACCUUCAAAGCUAAUGGUGUUCGCGCCUCGAUAAUCUUUUCCACUUCCCUUGCCUUUUCUUGCUACUCCAUGUGAGGUUUCAAUGGAUAAUUUGGCUAAUUGGUUUCUAUUUCUGACAAAAGUUGAUGGGCCCCUAUAAUGGGUAUCAUCAUCAUCAUCAAGGUGAAAAAAUUGAGAAACUGGCAUCUCUGAUCCAACUUCAAUCCUCUUUAUGUUCUUUGGCUUCUCUUGUCAUGCCGAGGCUGCUUCGAGUCUUUUUAGGUGAUGCUUUCUUUCCUCUAUUGAAUCAUGGUACCUCCACCAAUGUACCUCUGUAAGAUUUCCAGCCUCAGAUCCUCUUUUCCUUUCCUUCAUGUGGAAUCCUUCAGAUUGUUACUGUAUGAUAUCAAAUCACUCUUUUGCAGUACUGAAAUGUUUUAGAAAUAUUUUGUACCAUGCCUGCAGCCUUUCAUUUGUAUCUAUAUUGAUAGCUUUCAUGGCAGCUUUUCUUCACAUGAGUGGUGGUGGGCAGUAUGCAGGAUACUGCACCUGGUCUCUCUUUUCUUCUUUCUUUUAUUCCCACCACCAUGGCAUUGCCUGCGUGAUCUCUUGGAAUGUGAUAUUAGCUUUUUAAAAUAAGCUACCAACCGUUCUAGUGAAGCUCGAGGUUGAUGGUGGUCUCUAAGAAACAAAGUACAGGAGGUUGUAAAGCAAAGAAGAAGAUCAAAGGACACUGAAGAUACCCAAGCACUAUUGCAACCUAUGCCUCGUUACAGUCGGUUUUCGUGGGUAAUUCCGUUACAAUUAUUUUAAAUGGUAUCAGGGAUCAACUAUUUUCUCCCUUGGUCGCGAAGUUGCAGUUAAGUGGAACUGAAGCUCUUAACAGCAAUAUUUGCUGUGAAAUAGAGGUCAAAGCCGAAGACCAUGAAUGACUUUGGAGAGAGAACAAAGUCAUGGAGUGGAGACCCAACUCCAUCAGAAUCAACUAAUCGGGAUGCAUCUUCGAAGGACAUCGGCACAUCCAUGAAUGCCAUCUCCUUUGGCUUUGCUGCAACGGCGAUCCUGGUUUCUAUGUUCCUCAUCAUGGCAAUAUUUGAACAUUUAAUCAAACCAAGAGCCACCUUCCUUCGGCCUCGAAAUGAUGCCCGAGGAUCCUUGGAGCCAGGCCAGCCAGAGUCUCAGAACCAUUCACCUGGAAAGCCUCAGAAUCCACCACUUGCAGGAACUUCGUGCCGGUCCGGUUUCUCUGUGUUGAUGCCUGGACAGCAAUAUCCUACGUUUCUUGCUCAACCUGCUCCUCUUCCUUGCCCAAGAGAAGGGAUAUAUUGGCCACCCCACGAUCAUAGAUAG